AUGGACCUCUACCGGGCAACAUUUGCAGGCUCGCUGCUAUUGAACAGCUUAGUACUUAUUCAAACAUACCGAUCGCAUAAGACCGAAAGCGUGGACUCUUUGACCCCAGAGAAGAUCGAACAUCGAGCGGGCAUAGAGUCGGAAAGAGACAGUCUGCGCAAGUUGAAAUGGCGAUUUUUCCCCAUAUACCUGUUAGUUAACGCUGCCGACUGGCUGCAAGGUCCAUACAUCUAUCCGAUCUACAAAGAUGAGAAGGGUCUCUCAGAAGAGACAGUGGCGUUCCUCUUCCUUAUCGGAUUCGUAUCAGCAGGCAUAUCGGCCUCGUUCGCCGGAACGUUUGCGGAUCGCUACGGUCGCCGGACAGCGUGUUUGGCAUAUUGCAUUCUAUACUCAUUGUCUAGCUUCACUUUGCUUGCCGACGACAUCCGAGUGCUUUUCUUAGGCCGUGUGCUCGGAGGAAUCUGCGGAACUUUGCUUUGGAGUGUGUUCGAGAGCUGGCUAGUCGCAGAGUUCAAUCAACUCAUGCUCGAGGAUACAAAUGCAGUGCUCAGCGGUAUCUUCAGCGCAAUGACUAUCUUGAACAGUCUUGUAGCGAUCUGCGCGGGCAUAUUGGCUGAGUGGUUGGUCGGGCUGGUAGGAACUGCCAAAGCACCCUUUUUGGCUUCAAUUGGAUGUUUGUGUGUAGCAUUUGCUGCGAUCUCGAGGUUCUGGGGCGAGAAUUAUGGUGCAAGCCGUCGUGGUGCGUCCGAAAAUGCGGCGCUACUUCAGCAAGAAGAGGCAGAGUCAGCUGUAAAUACCACCAAGUCAACGCUCAGAUACAUCUUUAGAGAUACGAACAUACUCGUCCUGGCCUUGGUAUCGUGUUUUUUUGAGGGCUCACUGUUUCUGUUCAUCUUCUUCAAAUUCCCGGCUUUGAAAUUGUCGCACAAGCUUGCGGGUGGAGACGAUGAUCUUCCGUUCGGACUGAUCUUUGCGAUACUCAUGUGCUCCAUGAUGCUCGGUUCAAUGCUGUACAACAACAUCACGAACACAUCUUCAACUUUCCCAGCAAAGCAGGUACUCAUGGGAACUUUGGUAGUUGCAUCUGCAUGCUUCUUUGUUCCAGGCCACUUCCGCGAUGAGCGUCUCACACUGUGGUGUUUCUGCAUUUUUGAACUCUGCUGUGGUGUCUACUACCCAGUCAUGGCGUCGAUUAAGGGCAAGCUCAUCGACGACAGCUCACGAGCAAGUGUGUACACAGUACUGCGCAUUCCACUGAACGCGUUUGUUGUACUUGCCUUGAGCACUACUACAGAAGGCGAAUCACAUCGCGAUGCAGUGUUUACAACAUGCAGUGGUCUGUUGUUGGUGGCAGCGCUUGUUGUGCACAAGAUUCUAUCGUGA